AUGGCUGUUCUGGCUGGAGACUUUCUUCUGGGUCGAGCCUCGGUAGCUCUAGCACGACUGCGUGAUCCUGAGGUCAUUGAGCUGUUAGCCACGGUCAUUGCAAACCUGAUAGAGGGAGAAUUCAUGCAGUUGAAGAACACAGCCAUGGACGAGAAGAACCCGAGAUGGAGCGAGGAUGCGAUCUCCUACUAUCUACAGAAGACAUAUCUCAAAUCAGCAAGUCUGAUAAGUAAGAGCUGUCGCGCUGCUGCGCUGUUGGGAGAGUGUGCGCCUAGCGUGGUGGAGGCUGCGUACGCAUAUGGACGAAACCUGGGUCUCGCCUUUCAACUCGUCGACGAUAUGCUCGACUAUACCAUCAGUGGCACCGAACUAGGUAAACCUGCUGGUGCUGACCUCGAGCUUGGACUCGCUACUGCUCCGCUGUUGUUUGCCUGGAGGAGUCGUCCUGAGCUCGGUCAGCUGGUGGGUAGACGUUUCGCCCAGCAAGGUGAUGUGCAAAAGGCACGAGACAUCGUUCUUCAAAGCGACGGUCUCGAGCAGACACGAGCUCUAGCACAAGAAUACUGCGAUAAAGCCAUCUCAGCGAUCCAGAUAUUGCCUCCUGGCGAAGCCAGAGAUGGCUUGGAAGACAUGUGUACAAAAGUUAUGAAGAGACGGAAAUAA